UUCUUCAUAUAUAUUUUUCUCAAUAUUGUUUGGAAUUUUUGUUUUCUAGAGAAAAUGAAGACUUCAUUUGCUGUUUUGUUCCUUGUUGUUAUACUCUUUAGCUCCUCUUUCAUUGAAAAUGCAGCAAUGGCUACUUCAAGUUAUUGUGACCAAAAGUGCAGUGCAAGAUGUUGGAAGGCAGGACUAAAGAAACGUUGUUUGAAGUAUUGUGGAAUAUGUUGUGUUGCAUGCAAUUGUGUUCCUUCUGGCACAUAUGGAAACAAGUCUGAAUGUCCUUGUUAUAGAGACAAGUUGAACUCUAAGGGAAAACCUAAAUGUCCUUAAAUAUUAAAGAGCUAAUAAACUUUCUCUUUUAAAAAAAAUAAAGAGUUUAUGUUUUAUACGACGUUGAUGUAAAAAUAUAUUUAUAUCAUCAAGUCACUCAAAUAAUGAUAUCUAUGGAUAAAAUAACACUUGGUGUGACCUGAUAGUGUGAAAAAUCUUUAUAAUUUGAACUCAGAAAAUAAACUUGUUUUAUUUUUCUUUUAAGUUCUUUAAUUUGUCUUUGUAUUUAAUUGGUUGUUUGCAAUAAAAUACUAGAAAGAGUGAGUGUAUUUAUGUGUAUCUUAGUUCAAACAUGGUUGUAAUUGUGUUUCAUAGUGGAAAAAAAAAGGAGAGAAAAUCUCUAUGUUGCUUA